GGUAUCUCUCACACAAUCUUAGGCUGAGUUACAAUGGAUCCUGAUCUUCAUAUUUUGAAUUUUCAUUGGUGGUCUUCAUGUUUUUUUUUUUUGUUUCUCUUUAUUUACGGAUCACCACAUGACUUUUUCUCCGCUUUUCUCUUACACAUCUUUUCCCUCAAAAAAACUGACUUCUUCUAUCUACGUUCAUUCGUUGAUUUCUGCUUUUGAGACUUUCACCCUCGCAAGUCUUCAGCAACCCAGCUCACACGCCCCCCCAAAAAAAAGCUAGUAGACAAAACAGCCAGUUUCUGUUUUGUCUUUUUGAUGUUUUGCCGUUGUGGGUCUUUGUGUCUUCGGUUCUUAAUUCAUUCGUUGGAUUCUCUUGGAGAAAGACAAUUCUUGCUUUUUUUUCGACGUCAUUUCUAAUAGUUCUUCCAUUAUUAGUACUGAUUUUUGCUUGAGGGUUCGCCUUGUUUUGGGGUUCAGUGUUGAUGAGUUAUCAUGUCUUUGGAUGUUGGAGUUGCGUCAAGUUCCGGGGACAAAGUGGAAGGAGAGAAUAUUGAGGCAACUCCGGCGAGGCUAGGUAAGCACAUGGCUGAAACUGAUGAUGAAGAAGAGGUAGAUACCAAAAUUGAAGUUGGUCCUCUGUACUCUCUCAAAGAACAGAUUGAAAAGGAUAAGGAUGAUGAGAGCCUUAGGAAGUGGAAGGAGCAGCUUCUUGGAAGUGUGGAUUUUGACAAUAUUGGAGAAUCUCUUGACCCUGAAGUGAAGAUCCUGAGUCUGGCAAUUCUCUCGCCCGGAAUAUCUGACAUUGUUCUUACUAUUCCAGAGGGUGGAAAACCCAAGGGAUCAUGGUUUACGCUGAAAGAAGGUAGUCAUUACAGCUUCAAAAUAACAUUUGAAGUCAGUAAUAACAUUGUAUCUGGCCUUAUGUAUACCAACACUGUUUGGAAAACUGGUGUUAAAGUUGACAGUGCCAGAGAGAUGCUUGGAACCUUUAGUCCUCGGCCAGAACCUUACACACAUGUGAUGCCAGAAGAGACAACCCCUUCUGGCAUGUUUGCAAGAGGAUCAUAUUCUGCAAGAACAAAGUUUACUGAUGAUGAUAACAAGUGCUACUUAGAGAUCAAUUAUACCUUCGAAAUCCGUAAGGAAUGGGCUGCUACUGAAGCAAGUUAAGAACUUGUUGACAGAUGAAGUUGAUGCAUUCGAUCCUCAUUUACUUGAUGUUCUUUCCCUUUCCGAUCAUAAUAAGUUAUUACUUUCUGAGUUACCGUAACCUUGCCUACGACAUACCUCCUUGAGUACUUGUUUUAACUAUCAUAUCUUCAUUCGUUUGGUAGAUUGUAAAGAAUUGGUAUACUAGGAGUGGUAAGAUUUUAGAAUGCAGCAGAGUCUUGCUGGUUUCGUUCAACUUCAAGUAACUGGAUGUAUUUCUUUGAAUUGUUUCAUGUUUUUGCUGAAUAAUAUGUGCAUGAAAUAAUAUUCUA